UGAGUGGUUGCUUGGCGCCCCAUACGCGCUCCAGGGACUUCCCCAAGUUGCUCCAGGGUAACCCAAAGAGGGACUGGCGCGCGCCCCCAGACAGUUGCCGCCCAAUUUCACGCUUACCGCCGCCCGCUCUCAUUUCUCUCGCUCACCCUCAUCUUGUCAGUCCAUCCCACCCGCUCCUUUCGCACAAAGAAACAGUCAUUCACUGUUGAAGAGUCUUGCACUCGAUCCAUUCGUUUUCGUUUCCAAACACUUUCUUUCAGCGCCUACCGCCUCGGCUGCCCCUACGAUCCUUUUUCCCUCCAAAAGUAGCCCGACCAAAGCCCGCGCCAGUCUUCCGCUUCACACGUCUCCGUUUCACCGCCACGAUGCUCGUCAAGUCGAUCGCCGCCUUUGCGGCAUUCGCUCUUGCCGCCAAUGUCGCCGCCGAGCCGAUGCCUUACAAGCCGACGUUGAUGAGGACCUCGACUCGCGCCCUCUUCGGCAUCGCCCGCCGCCAAGAUGAUUCGGGUUACCAGCCGGAGCCGGUCGAGUGCAACAACGGCGACACCUGCGCCGCGGCGUGCGGUGCCGGUUACGAAACAUGCGUCUCCAACGACGAUCUUACCCACUGCUACAACCCGACGGUCGGGGAGAUUUGCUGCCCUAACCAGUCCGGCGGCUCUUGCGAGAAGGGAUACUACUGCACCGCCGACAAGAAGGGCGAGACUUGGUGCUGCCCCGAGGGGAUGGACUUGGAAGCGUGCGCCGCCGCGUACGGCUUGCCGGGCGGUCUGGUCUCGCAGACCCCUCCCCCCGCCAGCUCGACCUCGACCUCGACCUCGACUUCGACCUCGACGAGCUCGACCUCGACGUCGAGCACCACCACCACCAAGCCGUCCACCACGUCCUCCUCCAGCCACUCGACCUCCGCCUCUCGGAACUCCACCUCGUUCGUCGUCCCUUCUACCACCAUCAUCCCCACGUUCGUGCCCAGCUCGAACCCUAUCCAGAUCAACUCGACCUCCAUCUCGACCGUCUCGCCUCCCCAGCCGACCCAGACCAAGAUUGACGAGGGCGCCGGCAGCGUUGUCGCUCCCGCGACCGCCCUCGUCUUGUUGGCGGCCGGCAUUGCUGCCCUUCUCUAAGCCCAUGAACCGGCUCCGUCCAUCGACAUGGAUACAGUCGGUAGCUAAGUCCGGGGACACUGCUUGAUGAGAUAACGAGACACGACAAGACAGAGGCACUACUUAAAUUCAUCAUCUCUAAUUUUUGUGCAUGGCUUGGGAUGUCCGUGUCCUCGGACAGUGGCUAGAGGCAUGCAGGGGAAUGCAGAGACGGGAGAGAAGGGAGGGGGAACGGGAGGGGGCGGGGAAGGUUACUUGGGCAUCCGGAUGAGAUCUUUUU